AUGAAAGAACAAGAAGAAAACAACGUAAUACUUAAUAUUUCAGAUAUUUCAAAAGAAAAUGAUGAAGAACCAAAUGAUGAAAUUAUGUUUUUUGACAUAAAUAAUAGUAUAAAUCAUCUUACAGGGAAAGAAUUUUAUUUUUAUUCAAAUAAUGAUGUAUAUAUUUAUAAACAAAAUAAUCCUCAUGAAUUUUUAAAAGACACGUCGUCCAUGAGGGUUGAGGAUGAAACAUGUUCUUCCCAACAAGAUAAUGAAAAUAAUGAUGAGAGUGAUAAAAAUGAAGAAAGUGAUGUAAUUGAUACAAGUGAUGUUAUUCAUACAAGUGAUGUGAUUAAUAAAAGUGAUGUGAUUAAUAAAAGUGAUGUUAUUCAUACAAGUAAUGUUAUUCAUACAAGUAAUGUUAUUCAUACAAAUAUUCAAAAUAAAUAUUGUAAACUUAAAGAUUAUAAACAUAAAUAUAAUAAUAAUUCUAUAAAUAACAUGAACAACGUAAAUAGUACCAGUGAUAAAGUGAAUAUAAGAAGCGUCGAGACAAAUAACUUCAAAAAUAAUAAACAUAUUAAUAAUAACCAUAAUAAUAAAAAUAAAAACUCAAAGAGUAUUCAUGAUACAUCUUUCUUUUCUGAUCAUUUCAAAAAUAACAACCAACUAGAAGAUAAAGUAAAAUUUGUUUUCUCACAAGAAUUAAAUAAAGUAAAUGAUAUUUUUAACGUUGAAGAGAUUAUGAAAAUUAUUAAUAAUUUAAAUUCUAUCAGAAUAGAAAUAGAAACAACCAUAUAUAAAAAAUUAGAAAAGAAAUAUAAAAAUUUUCUUCUUAAUACUAUUAAAAUUAAAGAAAUAGAUUCUGAUAUUACAAAUAUGAAAAAUCAUUUAUCUAAUAAUUUAAAUCAAAUAAAAUUGUUACAAGAACAAAAAUAUAAAGAGAAAUUACAUAUUAUAGAUUUAAUUUCUAAAAAAAAUAUAUAUAAACAAAUUAAUUUACUUUUAUUAAUUAUAUUUAUUAUAUCUAAUUACGAUAUUCUAAUUUUUAAAAAUAUUUUAAAAAAAAAUUUUGAAUUUUCAUCUAUUACUUUUUAUGAAUUAUAUCAAUUUAUUAAUGAUAACAAUAAAUUGUUACAACACAUUACAUCUGUAAAUAAUUUAAAAGAUAAAAUGUUCUCAAUUUAUUUUAAUAGAAUAAAAGAAAAUAAUGAAACAAAUUUUAUUCAGUUUUUAUUUUCAGAUGAUUCAAAAAAAAAAAAUCAAAUAAAUAUCAAUGAAUUCUUAACAACAUUAUUAAAAAUUUAUUAUUUACUCUUUAAAAUAAAACCAUUUAAUUUUAUAGAUAAUUCUUUAGUGUACAUGUAUCAAUUUUUUCAACAAAUAUCUAAACAAAUUGUUUUCUCAUGUUUUAUGAGAAAUAUGGAAAAUCAACAUGAAAAUAUUCAUCAUAAAAUAGGUGAACAUGCUUUAAUAAAAAAUCAAAUAAAUUCUAAAUAUAAAAAUAAAGUUAAUAACACUCUUGAUCAUUUUCAAAAAAUUAAUAAAAAAAAAAAUCACCACCAUCAAAAUUUAUAUAAUCCUCCUAAUGAUGAAAAUAAAAAUGUCGAUGUUUUAGACAAUCAAAAUGUCGAUGUUUUAGACAAACAAAAUGUAGAUGUUUUAGACAAUCAUAAUAUAUAUCAUAAUAUACAAGAUAAAUCUUUUUCUCAAAAUCAGGAUAAUCAUAAUAUAGGUCAAGUUCCAAAGGAUCAACAAAAUCUUUUAUCAUGCAAAACAGAAGAAUCUGAAGAAUUAAUAGAUAAAGAUGUAUCUAUAUGUGACAAAAAAAAUUUAACACAUAAUAUGAUAUACAUAAAAUAUGAUCAAAUUGAUGAAAAUAUAAAAAAAAAUAAAAAUAAUAAUAAUAAUAAUAAUAAUUCCAAUAAUAAUAAUAUAAGUGAAAGAAAUAUAUAUCAAAAUAAUCAAUCAACAAAUCAACCAAAUGAUGCAGAUAAUUUUUUGUUUAUUCCUUUAAACGAGCUGGUGCCUAAAUUAAAUGAUAGCAGCAGUUUAUUUUCACUCAUCAAAAUAUACGAAAUUUUAUUUGAUGUUUUCAAUAAAUAUGAUUAUAUAAUAAUAUAUCUAUUAAAUUAUUAUUUACAAAAAAAUGAUAUAUAUAAAUAUCAAACGCAGAACGAAGCAAAAUCUGAUCAUCUUCAAAAAACAAAUGUAACAUUAUAUAAUAAAAUAGAUCAAUAUAAUAAGGAUAAUGAGCAAAUAAUAAAUAUGUACACACAUAAACUUACAAAUGAAACUUAUCAAAAAAUAUCAACACAGAAAAGGUUAUUACCAAAUUAUAAUAGUAAUAAUGAAAAUAUAUCAAUAGACAAUAAUGGAACAAAUAAUUUGGAUGAAUGUAAUAAUUCAGAACUUUAUAAUAUCGAUAAUAAUCACUCUAACAUCUUUUAUAUACCAGAUACAUACAAUUCACAUUUAUUAACAUACUUCUUAAAAAAUGAUACAAUGAAUAUUAAUCAAACAUAUGAUCAAAAAUUUACAACUAUUAAAAAUAAAAUCGAAUCAUAUUUAAAAAAAAAAAGUAUAUCUUAUAUUCACUCACAAGAGUAUAUACAUUUUAUAUUACAAAAUGCAUUACAUUUAAUAUAUGUAAAAAAAAAAUUUUUAAAAAAUAUGGAAAAAGUAAUAAAAACUAUUAUUGAAAAUAUACAUUUUAAUAAUUUCAAUUUUAAUCAUAUAUGUUCAUAUAUUUUUUUGACCAUCAUAUAUUGUUUGCAUUCAUAUCUAUUCAAAUAUAAUUCUUCAAAUGAUCAAAUAUAUUAUUUAAAGGAAAUUCUAAAUAAAAAUAUAAAUAUAAAUUUAUAUGUCAAUCAGAAGGACAAUAUAAAUUUAUAUGUCAAUCAGAAGGAUAAUAUAAAUUUAUAUGUCAAUCAGAAGGACAAUAUAAAGGUCAAUGAAAAUAUAAAUACAGAUAUACAAACAAAUGAUUAUAAAAAUUAUUGUAAUUCUUUUUAUAACGAACAUAAGAAAGUUUAUUAUGAAGAAAAUAUAAGAACUUCCAUUUUUGAAGAUCAAAACUUAUUAAAGAACAUUUUACAAGAUUCUACUAUUUUUCUAGAAGUAGAAAAGAAAUUAAAAAGAAAUUAUUUUCCAACAUAUUAUUAUUUAAAUAUAAAAAUAUUAAAUGAUAUGAUUAAUAGAGAUCAUUGGAUACGUAUACCAAAUAAAAUAAAUAAUAAAAUAUUUAAUAACAAUUUUACUUUUAAUUUUAAUAAUGUAUUAACCUUUUAUAAAAAUGAAUUUCAUGAUUUUUUAAAUGUACCUUUUUCUCCUAACCCUUUGAAAAAUUUUAAUUUUAAAAAUAUAAGACAAUAUGUAUAUACUGAUGAACAUAUAAAAAAAAAAUGUGAUAAUAUAAAAAAUAUAAAUAUAACAAAUAAAAAUUUGGAUACAUCUAUUUGUGAUGAUAAAUAUCUAAAAAAGGAAGAUUUUUAUUCUUAUAAUAUAUCCUCUUCAAAAGAAGAUACAGAAAAAAUAUAUAUAUCUGAAACAUCUGAUUUCAAUAUUGUAAAUUUUCAGAGUAUUACUUCUAAUUCUAGUAAUUUAUUAACAUGUAUAAUACAAGAUUAUUUUAUUCUUCAAAAUUUAGUUCAUAAUUUAAAAGAAGAUAUAAAUAAAUAUAUAUUCAAAUGUAUUGAUAUGUAUAUAUAUAUUAUAUGUUAUUAUUUUAUGAAAAGAUCUAAUAUACAAGAAUUUUUGUUUAACGUGAAACAAAAUAAAGAUAAAUUAAAUAUAAAUAAUAUACUUUUUAUAAUAAAAAAACAAGAAAAAUAUACAGAAUUAUAUACAUUUUUACAAUACUAUAAUGAUGAAAUAAAAAAAAAUGAACAACAUUAUAAUUUCUUAUUUGUAAACACUAAUAUAAAUACAUCAUUCCAAUCAAAAAGUAAUAUGACACAUAAAGAUAAUAUUAUUAAUGAUAAAAAUUAUGUAUCUACAUAUCCUUUGAGUAACUGUUUUAAAAUAUUUAGUUUUACAUCUUUAUAUGCUCUUUCUGAAAAAAUUAUAUGCCUAGAAUCUCUUUUUUGUCUGUUAAUCAAUAUGAAAGAAGAAAUAAUAAAAAUGAAUGAAAAUGAAACGUAUAAGAACCAAGAUAAAAAUAAACAUAAUAAUAAUAAUAAUAAUAGUAAUAUGUAUGUGCAAAUGUGUGAACUACAAUAUAAUAAAAUAGAUACAUUCCAUACAGAUAAUAACGUUCAUAAUAACAUUGAUAAUAAUAAUAAUGUGUUAAAACAAAAUAAUCAUUGUAAUAAAGACACUAACGAUGUUGCAUACACAUUUAAAACAUUUCUUGAUAAAAAAUUAAAUAUGAUCAACGAAAUGCGUAUAUUAACUUACUGCGAUUCCUUAUAUAAUAUUAUUGACAGUGAAAAUUAUGUAAGUGAAAUACUAAAAAUCAUUAAUGAAGCUUAUAAUAAUAAUAAUAAUAUUAACAAUGUUGAAGAAUAUAAUAAGAAUAAAUAUAAAAAUAAUAAAAUAAACUUAUUUUCAAAUGAUGACGUGAAUAAGAAAACAGAAAAUUUAAAAAAAAAACUAGAUGAAUAUGUAAACCUAUAUAUAAAUAUUUUAAAUGAUAGUAAAAGAAAAUUAAUGUUUUGUUGUGAAGGUAUUUUAUCUAUUGUUAUUCAUUAUUUGUUAUGGAAUUUAAUAAAUUAUAUUUUUAAUAUAAACAAUAUUGAAAUCAUACAAAAUAUAAAAUCUGAUUUUUUUCCAGUUAAAGAAAGUCCCAACAGAAAUGAUAAUAAUAAUAAUAAUAAUAAUUAUCAUGAUAAUAUUUUUUUCAUGCCACCUAAAAAUCAUAGUCAUAACCAUUUACAUAAUAAUGAAGAAAAUAUUAAAUCAAAAGACAACAAUUUUUAUAAUCAUGAUAAUAAAAACUUAAUAUCCAUUUUAAGUUAUCAAUUUAACAAAAUAUCUAAUUGUAUUAAAAAAAAUAUUAUAAAUCUAGAAAAUGAAAUAGAUGAACAAAUAAAUAAUAAUAUAAAUAUACAUAAUUCUAUAUAUUAUAAGUUUUAUAAAGAUUUAAAAAAUUCAGAAAAUCCAAUGUAUCAAUAUUAUUAUAUUUAUCUAUCUAAAGGAAUCACAUAUUUUGAUCAAUAUAUAGAUUUACAUUUUUAUAAUUUAGAUAAACUAGAUAACUUUCUAAAAAAUUAUAACUCAGAUAUUUAUCAAUAUAAACAUAUACAAUCUAUUAUUUCUAAAUAUAAUACAUACAAAAA